UAUGCUUUGCCAGCAAAGGAAAAACUCAGGGACACGGGGGCCGGAGCACGUGCCGACCGCACCGCUCACGCUCGCCGGCAGGUUCGGGCUGCCGUCCUCCCCAAUCCAGCGGCGGCCGCAAACCCUCGCCGCAAGAAAGAAGAAACCAAUCAAAUAAAAAGCCAAAACCCCCAGCCCACACAAGGCCAAGGCCAGCGCCAUGGUGGUGUACACGCAGGAGCACGUGUAUCGGCACCCGUGGGACCGCGUGACGGCGGCGGUGUGGCGCAAGUUCACGGACCCGGCCUCCCGCCCGGCGCUCUCCCACGUCGCCGACGUCCACACCCUCCACCGCCGCCUCGACGCCGACACGGGCCGCCUCCACGCCGCGCGCUCCAUCACCGUCCGCUCCCCGCCUCUCCCCUUCAUCCUCCGCCGCCUCCUGCCCUCCGCCGCUGCGUCCCCGUCGGGCGCUGCGCUCUGCCACUGCGUGGAGACCUCGCUCGUCGACGCGCCCCGGCGCGCCAUGGACGUCGUCGUGCGGAACGUCAGCCUCCGGGGCCUCAUCGAGGUUGAGGAGCGCGCAUCCUACAGGCCCCACCCGGAGCGGCCCGACGAGUGGACACAGUUCAGGCAGGAGACCACGAUCCGGUGCCGCCCGCUCGCCGCGCUCGCAGCCGUCGCCGAGAAGGUCGAGAACCGCUGCGCCGAGAGGUUCCUGCACAACAGCGCCAAGGGGAGGGAGGUCGUCGAGCGGAUCUGCCGGUACCUCGAGGCCGAGGCCGCCGGCGCAGCCCCCUCCGGCAUCUGAUCUGACCUGGUCUGGUUUGCGCCUCCUUCCUUGAUCUGAUUGGAUCGAAGGGUUCGCUCGAUCUGUGCUGCGUGUGCACGGACAAAUCGGACCUCGCCUCCUAGGCCCUUGUUUUACUUUUCUUUUCUUUUGUAUGAAGUGACGAGCUGAAUCCUGCACGGAGUAAAGCUUGAGCCAUAGACUUAAUUUCUUCGUUGUCUGCGCCUCUGUGGAAUGGAACCAGUUAACCUCCCUUUUGCGCA